AUGGAAACCAGUCUAUAUCUGAAAAGCCUACAAGAGUUUUAUCUGAGCUUCUGCUCAGAAUGUUCAUAUAGUGAACACAAUGUAAUUGCCAUCUUAGUGUUCAGCUUAUUCCUUUUUUUAAUUUUCUUCAUGAGAAUUCCAUUAAUCCCAACCUUCUGGAAGAAGGAACAGAUACAUAAGCAUCAGGGCAAAGUCAAGAGGAGAAGGAAAGGUUCGAGAUAUUUCCACAAGAAAGUGGAGGAGGAAAGGGAGCUGAUUACUUUCCUGAAAAGGUCCUCCUUUCCUUGUUGUGGCCUUGGCUACAUCAUUUUGCCUCCUGUCUCCUGCAGCCCCCUGGGACGGAAUCAUGAUUCCAAUCACUUUCGUCAACUUUUAUGUCCAGACCCCUCCUGUGACAUAUGUAACAAUGCAACUGCUGAAAUCAAUCGACUUUUCUCAAAGGCUCUGGAAAGAUCUACUCCAUCAGUGUCCCCUGUGGAUUCCCCAGCUCCCAUGACAGCUCUGGAAAGGUCUACUCCAACAGUGUCCCCUGUGGUUUCCCCAGCUCCCAUGACAGCUCUGGAAAGGUCUACUCCAACAGUGUCCCCUGUGGUUUCCACAGCUCCCAUGACAGCUCUGGAAAGGUCUUCGCCAUCAUUGUCCCCUGUGGUUUCCACAGCUCCUCUGACAGCUCUUGUGGCAGAGCCUUCAUUCCAACAGUCUUCUGCUUUCCCAGGAGUUCCUAAAGUAGAACUCACACCAACAUCUCUGAAUGAGCCUUCCCCACCAUCUCCCUCUCCUCUCCCCCCUAACUCAAUAACCGCCUUAGGUAAUUUUCUGUCACCAUCACCAUCACAUCAAACUCUUUCUACAGAGCCAUCCUCUCACUCAGAAUCUGAACUUCUGGGACAACAUUCCUCACCCCAAUCCAAACACUUCUCUUCAACCUUGACACAAUAUGAUUUCCAUCAAAAGUUGUCUGACAUUCAUGCUACAAAAAUCUCUUCUGUGGAAGACUCUGCAGUCAAACUUAUAGAUCCAACACAACUCUUCUUUCUCAGUUCUGAAGAGCAUGACUCAGUAGAGCAUGACUCAUAUCCUAAGAGCUGGGCGGGCAAUUUAAAGCAAGAAGUUAUCCAGCUUUUCUGGGGGCUUCCAACUCUGCACAGCGAGUCCUUGCUCUCUGCUGUGCAUGUCUCCGGUAACUAUUCAAUCUUCAAUAGCAUCUCAAAUGCCUUUAUAGGCCAAGGAUCCUCAGGACUUCCUUAUUUCCUACCUCCAUCCUUGCCUAAGGUCCAACCUCGACUUCUGCCUCAAACUCUGCCUCUAUACCAUCACUCACCUCUCACUCAGCUCCAACCCCAUGUCCACCUUCAAUCCCCACUCCCAAUCCUACCAGCUGGUCUCAUAGACCAGACUAAGGUCUGUGGAGUGUAUUGCCAUACACCCCUGAAUGAAUCAGAAUGUCACACCUCAUCUGAUAUUGAAGAACUGAAAUGGAAUGUGUUAAAGAAGAAACAGGAAGGUUUGUGGGGUUUACCCUCUCUGGCUCAAAAUUCUUGGGAAGCCUGCUGUCCUUCAGCACCCAUCUCUCCUUCCUGUGGGCCCUCCAAGGCACAUAUUUCAAUCUCCAUUGAUCAUUUUGAGUAUCCUCUCAGUGCUGAGUUUAGAAAGAAAUUUGAACAUCACCUUAGGAAGAGACUCAUCCAACACCGGUGGGGCCUGCCCCGCAGGAUCCAGGAGUCUCUGUCACUCAUGAAGCCUAGGUGCCAUUGCUCAGAAAUACCUAAGCCAAAGUGCUGCUAUGGCCUCUCAUGGAUCUCUACGUAUAAGGCCAACGGUAGUGAAAUUCUAAAUGGAGUCACCCCAUCAGCUGACUUCUAUAAGCAGGGCUCAGAAACAUUUCAGCAGUCUGAUGAAGAGACAGACAGCUUAGGUAGUUAUCCAAAAGGUGUGUUGACUGACUCUGCCUGUGAUUCAGAUAAGGAUGUGGAAUGUGACAUUGAUAAGAAGAAAGUGAUAAUGCAGAAUGUAAAUCAGAGACAUCUGGUAAAUUUCUUGAAAGUACAUCUGAGCAAAAAAUUUGGGGAAAUGAGUGAGGGUCACCUACCUAGGACUGUGCAGAGUUCACAUCACUCUAUCCAGCAUAUACUUUCAGUAGAAUCCAACAGGGAAAUUGAACAAAGAAGUCUGCCACCAUCAGUGGGUGAGGACUACUGUCAGAACAAGUUCCUUGAGGCAAGUGCACCAGAGAUGUUGGGAGACCAGGAUACCAACUUGCCUACGAAGUCAUUAG